AUGUUCGCCUUUAAAAGCGAUUCUCAUCGCACAUUGUUUCAUAAUAUGUUAAAACUGCAAAUUAAAUCUAGAAUAUUAUCUAGGUUUGGUGGUAUGGGCCAGGAGGAAUGCCGCAUACUUAGAACAAAACCGUUCAACGACUUCGUCUCACUAUGGGCAAAUUCAAUCAUAAAUAAGCUACCAAGGGACUAUAAUUCACAUUCCGACUACGUAAAUUCACAAAUAAAUUGUGUGUCCCAAGAAAUUCUAGAUCUUCCAUCAGUAAAGGACAUCAUUAACGCAAAUCCAUCGGUAAAAUGGAUGAUAGAAAGAAUAAACAGUGAUAAGGAUAAUGUUCCUAAGCCAUACUUUCCAUCUGUGUUGAGAAAUCAUAUGAUUCAAUUCCCAUUUAAGCAUCAAGAUAUCCAAAAGUCGAGAGACUUAUACGGGCUUCUGAAGUUCCCCUUUUAUAAACUGUCCACAAGCCUAUACGGAGAUCCUUCCGAGUCGUUCAAAGGACUUGUUGAGCCCAAAACUUCACACACUUACAAUAAUGAAGUAGAACCGGAUAACUUAAUUGAUAAGUCAGAUUACCCUGAAGAAGGUAAUUCAUCUCAUCUUAAAAACGACCAAGAACUGAUAAAAUACUGUUCAUCAAACUACAUUUAUGCCCCGAGUGAGCUAGAAACAGGCCUUAAAGAAAGCUGA